AUGUUCAGCUCCGUUCGCUCGAGUCCAGCUGUCAAUCAGCUUCAGACUCAACAGGUGCGUUUUAUCUCUAGGAGGAGAAUUGCGUACCCGUUCUAUCCUUUCAAAAGACUGGGCAAGCAACACCCGAAGAAGCAUGACAGUAAUUUGAAGUACGCUAUGCGUCAAUUUCUCGGUCCCAAGAACUUCAAGGGUGAAUACGUGUCGAACAAGUACUUUAAUGUUCCUCAGAACCAUGAACCCAACUACGUAACGCCCGAUGUGGAAAGAGGUCAGGCCCUGCAAGACCACAUCACGGGUGAACCUUUAACAUUGCAGCCGGAUGGCUCGGUCACGGUGGCUCGUGCAGGGGGUCGCGACCGAGAUCAGCGGGGUGGUCGCAGCACGGGGCAUAAUGCCCGCAAGCUUCAGCCUUUCCCGGGAAACAAGCAUUGCAUAACAAACCGCAUCAUCAGCGAUGAACUGAAACUUCAAAUCCACGAUGACAUUGAAAACCAACACUUAUCCGGACAAGACGUGUCCCAGAGGUACGGACUCAAAAUCCCACGCGUUGAAGCUGUUGUCAAGCUUAUGGACGUUGAACAGAAAUGGCAAAAAUACAAUCGCAUAGCUCCGGAUCUGAAAACCAUGGCUUCUACCAUGUAUAAAAUGUUCCCUCUGUUUGUGCCGAAAAUAGACUCCUCAAGGGAAAAUCUAUCAGAAAUUCCUGUUCCUGCCAAGGCUUUGCAGUCUCGUUUCAUGACAAUAGCCGAAUCGCAACCUUUUGGGCCCGUUGAUGCGGCUAAGGUCUUGGAACUGGAGCCCGCUGCCGAAACUCUGGAAAAGCUAGCCACUUUGGGGGAGCAUUCCACCGGCCACUCAACUACAUCUGCAUCUGGGCACACUAAAAAAGUGACCUAUGGGGAAAUGAAAACAGGAGAAAGAUCGUUGUUCAAGUUUGAAAGUGCUCGUGUGGGUGACGUCGGGUAUCGUUACGGUUCUGGCAAUCGCGACAGCAAAAAGGAUCGCAAGAUCGGUUUCAAUAAACUCGGCAAGAUGGUAUACCUGUAA